CUAUCAGUCAUCAGUACUUUGUCAGUACUAGUUGUAUCCACUGACCGGAGGUUGGAAAACAAUCUGGCAUCAAACCUUCUCACUAUGUGAGUACCUGUUCCCAGUCCAACUCGAUUCGACGAACCACCGUUACGCCGUGGUGUUAUCUCCCUGUGAUAUGACAGCAGUGGGAAUGGAACUGAAAGAUCUUCACCUGCAAGAGUCAAGGCUCGGCGAUGGAAUUCAGCCGAAGGAGUCAGACAUGGAAUAGCACGGAACGACUCGGCUAUUCGUCCCAAGUACUAAUCAGGCGUAGUAUUUUCCGGAUACGUUCCCUUCGUCCUGGGUGCCUACUCUGGACACUGACACUUGGUGCUGUUUCCGAGAUUUAAAACGCACCCUCAGCAUGUAGGCCCUCCGCACCCCCACAGCAUCACCGUACGUCGAGAUGCAAGCUGUAACACUUGCUGCUUUUUUCCUUUUGAUAACCUAUCUCGUAUUUGCCAUCAAGAGAUGGAGAAACAAGUCUCUCAGAAAUGGUCUUCCACUUCCGCCCGGUCCAAGAGGUCUUCCCCUAGUAGGAAAUGUUCUUGACAUAGACAUCUCUGCACCGUGGACAACGUACCAAAGAUGGGGGAAGCGGUAUGGUGGGGUGUUAUAUGGUACCCUGCUUGGCCAGGAACUCGUUAUCAUCAAUGAUGAGGAAAUAGCUCAUCAACUGAUAGUGAAACGGUCACCUAUUUACUCUGAUCGCCCAUAUAUAAAUGAGUUAUUAGAUUUCUCCACAGGCCUUCUCCCAUACGGCAGCGAAUGGAGGCUUCAUCGAAAGAUGUUGAACGAGGUGUUUAAUAAGCAAACCUCAAAGAAGUACGAAGCCGUGCAGAUGGAGAAGGUGCACCAGUUGCUCGUGAACCUGCUCUCUGCACCACUUGACUAUCACAAGCACUUCACCACGCUGUCUGCUGCAAUCAUUAUGGCAAUCACUUACGGAUAUGAUGUUGCUUCCACGGACGACCCUUUUGUGGCCAAUAUGGAACAUCUAUUGGAGCUAGCCACAAUUGAAUUGGCUCCGGAGCGUGCCACUUUAUAUAAAGCUAUGCCCUUCCUUGCAAACAUCCUGCCGUGGCUCCCUGGCGGACAGUUCAAACAGCAGGCAGCGGAGUUCCGUGCUCUUGUCAGAAGGGUGCUGGAUGACCCAGUAAAAUAUGUGCAGGAUGAAAUGGCGGCUGGCACGGCAACGACAUCAUUUGUGGGCGACUUAUUCGCGAUGGAAGUUGGGAAGGAUUUGGCUUCCUCUAAAGAUGAAUUUAUCAAAGCAGUAGCCGCCACUGUAUUCAUUGGUGGAGCAGAAACAACAUCAUCUACACUUCUUAUCUUCCUUCUUGCUAUGGUGUUAAAUCCAGAGGCGCAGGCCAAUGCUCAAGAGGAAAUCGAUCGCGUCGUUGGAGAUACCCGUCUGCCCGACUUUAGGGAUAGAGAGAAUCUUCCUUAUGUCGAGGCUGUACUCAUAGAGACUCUGCGAUGGCACCCCAGCCUCCCCUUGAUGCUUCCACAUACGACAACGACGGCAGACAUUUUUGACGGCAUGUAUAUACCAAAGGGUGUGACUGUGCUAAUUAAUCUUUGGGCGAUGACGCAGAAUGAACUUCGUUACCCACACCCCGCUGCAUUCAACCCCGAAAGGCACCUAACUGCCAGUGGAACACUUGCUGAAGGUACGGCGCCCCCAAAUUUUGGACUCGGUCGUCGCGUCUGCCCCGGCAGGUAUGUCGCAGACCAAAGCCUUUGGGUUGCGAUAGUAUCCAUCCUUGCCACCCUACGCAUUGGGAAGGCUAGAGACGAAGCUGGCCACGAAGUCGACGUUAUUCCUGAGUUCGCGGGAGGGCUAAGUUCACAUCCUAAACCCUUCCGUUGUUCUGUAGAGGCACGAUCUUCUAGGGCUGCGGAGUUGAUCUACGCAAGCGUCGGCACGAAUUGACUGCAUAUCGCCAUUGGAUCUGGCAGUCUGGUUGAGACUGUAUAUGUACCCGCGUGAUGUACCAUAUGCAAACACUUUUCUCAGCUUUAUUGGAG